AUGUACAACCCGCAGGCCCUAACAAAUAUAGCCAAGAAGGGCCCGACCCUUGGCGAUCUCCGCCUGGAGCACGAGGUCCUUGUGGAAGAUGAAAAAGGCAACGUGGACACAGAAACACUCGAAUUCAUUCCGCCUUCUGUCCUGGGGAGCACCAGCUAUGACCUUGAACCCAAAUGGUCAGAACUCCCACAAAUGUCAUUCAUGGAAUUCUACCAUGGACUCCUGGAGAGGAACUGGGUGAGCGACGAGUACAACCCCCAAGCGGAGCCAUGGAAGCUGGAGUUCUUCAAGGAUAGUGGCCGCAUUUUCCGGCCCUCAUUCAGUGGGUACAGGGCCAUCGUGGAGAAGGCAGACAGGUCGCGUGUCUGGGUGGACAUGCCAAGCCCGGGGAGAGAGAGCUUCAUUCGGGAUGUUGCUGUAGACAGGGCUGUGGGGGCGAGCCAACCAGCGCCUGCUCGACUGAGCCCACUCCCUUCUGAGUAUGGCUAUAACCAGGUGUUCGAGCAGAUAUUUCAGGCUUUUGAACAGAAAAUGCCCUCGAAGGGUUUAAAUGAGUACCUGAAGCAGGGCUGGGUGCAAAAGGAGAACUACGAGUACAAGUGCCCAGGGGAUGAGCUGCUGGAUGUUUCCUUCCACCUGUCGCCCCAGGAACCUAGCCUCCGCGGCUUCUGGGAUAUCCUGCCUUCCAUUUUGUUCGCCAGCUUUGCAUUCUCUUUUCUGGGCAUUUGCCUGGCUGUUGGGAUCUUCAGGCCAAGGAAGCAGAUGCCAACGGAUCCUAUGCAGGCGAUGGAAUUUGCUCAAUCAAAGGGCAGAGCACGAAUGGAUGGCAGAACAGACAUACAGUUCGCUGAUGUGGCGGGUCUGGAGACAAUUAUCAAAGAUCUCCAGGAUAUUGUCAAGUUCCUUCAGGAUCCCAAGAAAUAUGAGAAGCUGGGGGCUAAGCCGCCAAAGGGGGUGUUGCUCGAAGGGCCGCCAGGGACAGGAAAAACCCUUGUUGCAAAGGCCAUCGCUGGGGAGGCAGGGGUGCCCUUCUAUCAGAUGAGUGGGAGCGAAUUUGUAGAAGCCAUUGUGGGGGUGGGAGCAGCAAGAGUUCGUGAUUUGUUCAAGAGAGCCAGGGCUCAAGAUGAGGCUUGUAUCAUAUUUGUCGAUGAGAUUGAUGCCUUGGGUACUAAACGGGCAGAGGCAGGAAUUCAAACUAACGAAGAGAGGGAGCAGACUCUUAACCAGCUCCUAACAGAGAUGGACGGCUUCACUCCUGAGCAGGGGGUUGUAUUUGUUGGGGCAACGAACAGGGCUGACCUCCUGGACCCAGCCCUCUGUAGACCUGGCCGGUUUGACAGGAAGCUGCGUGUAUUGAAACCUGAUACAGAGGCCCGUCUCAAGAUUCUCAAGGUUCAUGCAGAGAGGCGCAGGAUGUCUGACGACAUUGACCUGGAGCAGCUAGCUCGGGAUCUGCCUGGUCUGUCUGGAGCUGAACUGGAGAAUGUGCUGAACGAGUCUGCUUUGGAGGCAGUGCGAAAGGACAGUGAUGUCAUUACCCCAAAACAUGUGUACAACGCUGUGGAGAGGGUGCUCCAGGGUGUGCGGCGGCCAGCUCAGCCCGACCAACUGGAAGUUGGCAAGGCGAUGGCCAUCCAUGAAAUUGGCAGAGCCAUCAUUGCCAUCGUCAUCAGACGCAAAACACACAAUUUGGAGGCCGUGGAGCGGGUGUCCAUGAUCGCCAGGGGAAAGGACUGGACAAGGACCAUCUUUUACAGAGGCCAGGAUGAAGAUUACACAAUGACAACCAAGGCACGCCUCCUGGAGCGUGUGCGAGUCAUACUCGCUGGCCGCGCUGCUGAGGAACUUGUUCUGGGAUGUGCAACAUCCUAUGCUGUGAAGGACAUGGAAAUGGCUUACAGAUUGGUGGAGAAGAUCGUGUGCAAUUAUGGCAUGUCCAAGCUGGGCAUUACGACAUAUGCGCCUGUCACUCGUGGCACAGGCUACAUGAAACGCAGCUUCGAGGUGAACGUGGACAACAUCGAUGAGGACUUGUUUGGCAGGGGUCUCAAAGGUGGCAUGUUCCAGCCAUCGGACGUUGGUCAGCACAAGAUGCUGCUGGAAAUCCACGAGCUACUGAAUGAAGCCUAUGCCGAUUGUUUGGACAUCCUGGCCAGGCAUGCAGACGCUCUCGAAGCAGGCGCCCUUGUGCUGCUGGAGAAGAAGGAGCUGAGUGGAAAGGAGCUUGAAAAGAUUGUUGACGAUCACCCUCCUAAGCAUCUCCCAGCCACCGCAAACGAUCGUGGGCAACUGCCUGCUCGCGGGCUGCAGCAGCGGGAUGAGGUCACGUCUGCUGGGCUGUCCAGCGACGUGAAACCCGCCCUUGGGGUAGCCAAGUCCAAGACGGAGAUGUCCUAUGCAAGCAUUCUCCACAGCCUGCUUGGGCGGACGAAUGCUAACGAGCCUGAGGGGUGA